AUGGCUGAAGCAACAAUGCUUGAGUUCGACCAAGGUCACCUCUUGGAUGAUGAUGUCAAACGUCAAAAUUUUCCAGAUGAUUUCUUGUUUGGAGUAGGAACAUCUGCUUACCAGGUGGAAGGUGCUUGGAAUACAGAUGGUAAAGGCUUGAGUAUCUGGGACUGUUUUUCCCUAAGAAACCCUAACAAAAUUGCUGGAGGUGUAAAUGCAUGUGUCACAGUUGACAGCUACUCAAGAAUGAAGGCAGAUGUUCAAUUGUUGAAGAAAAUGGGUGUCAACUCUUACAGAUUCUCUAUUUCAUGGUCGAGAAUACUGCCAGGUGGGAAAGUAAGCAUAGGUAAAAACCAGAAAGGCAUCGACUACUACAACAAACUAAUAGAUGAGUUAUUAGCCAAUGGUAUUGAGCCAUUUGUUACUCUUUUCCAUUGGGAUCUUCCAAAUGCUUUAGAAGAAGAAUACAUGGGCUUCUUAAGUUCAAAAAUCGUGGCUGAUUUCGUCGAUUAUGUUGAUAUUUGUUUCUGGGAGUUCGGAGAUCGAGUAAAGAAUUGGGUGACUGUGAAUGAGCCAUACAGAUUCACAUAUGGCGGGUACAUAACAGGUGUUUAUGCACCGGGUCGGGGUGAAAACAGUAAAGAUAGUGACCUUGAAACAGAGCCAUAUAUAGUAGCAUACAAUUUACUCAACUCUCAUGCAGCUGCUUAUAGAAAGUAUGAGAAGGAUUAUAAGGGUUUUCAAAAGGGUAAAGUGGGAAUUACGCUUGACCUUAGCUUUUGGAAACCUUAUCGUGGUCCGAGUAAUCAACAAGAUGUCAAAGCUGUCGAAUACGCGUUUGAUUUUGUGAAUGGGUGGUUUCUCGAGCCAUUAACAAAAGGAACAUGGCCGGAAAAUAUGCAAAAGUUUGCCACUACUCCGACAACUAAUUACCCGAAUGGUCGUCCUCUACCUAAAUUCUCCGAGGAUCAACGCACCAAGUUGAUAGAUUCAUACGAUUUUCUUGGAAUAAACUACUACACCGCACAUUAUGCCCAAUAUCAAGCUCCGUCUUCUAAUAUCCCUCUUGGGUAUGCCACCGAUUGUCACUACAAAGAAUUAGGAAGAGAUCCCAACGACAUUCCUAUCGGAAAGCCGGCCUAUCCAGAUUCAUGGGUUUAUCUGUGUCCUAAUGAGCUUACCGAACUCUUGUAUCGUGUUAAGAGUACAUACAAUCUAUCUAAGCCUAUUAUAAUCACCGAGAAUGGAUCUCCGGAUAUGAACGAACGUGGAAAAACUUAUGAAGAAGUCCGGGAUGAUACAUACCGAAUGGAAUACAUAAAGAAGCAUCUUAUAGCCAUCCGAACGGCUAUGCGUAACAAAGUAAACGUUGUAGGCUACUUCGUUUGGUCAUUCAUGGAUAGCUUUGAAUGGUCUUCUGGUUAUGAUGAACGGUUCGGUAUGAUCUAUGUUGAUUAUGUCAACGAUCUUCAAAGGUAUCCAAAGAAUUCUGCACUUUGGUUCAAGAUAUUUCUUUCUGAGAAGAAAAGGGGGUCACUGAAAAGAACCAUAAUGGAUGGUGACGAAGAAGACACUGAUAUCGUGUUUGGAGCACGAGCAGAAGAAACAACUGAAGUGAUUCCAAAACUGAAGAAGGCCAAAGCAUGA